CUGUCUUCUUUUCAUCCUGUGAGAUUAAAUUUUGCUAUAAAUUCGCGUCUUGAUCGAAGUAGGGUAUCAUUGAUUACUGUGACUUCAACUGAAACGCACAACAACUUUACUUUUGCAUUAAAAUGGCUUUUAAGUUUGUCGUGUUCCUCGCUUCGUUGGCGGUCGCCAGCGCUGGAUACCUGGAAGCUCCAGUUGCCCACUACUCCCCGGCAUCUUCUGUCAGCUAUAGCAGCCUGUCGCAUGCGGCUCCUCUUGCGUACGCUGCCCCACUUACCAAGCACGUGGCCUAUGCUUCACCUGCCAUCGGAGCUACCCAUGAGAGCACAAUUCGUGGACACGAUGCCACCAUUUCGCAUCAAUCCAAGGCCAUCGAUACCGCUUUUUCCAGCGUUCGCAAAUCCGACACCCGUAUCACCAACGAAGGACAUAAACUGGCCUAUGCCGCCCCCGCUCUGACCACCUACUCUCAUGCUCCAGCCUAUACCACCUACGCAAGCGCUCCUGUGGCCGUUGCUAAACAGGUCAGCUAUGCUGCUCCAGCUUAUCAUGCUCCAGCUUAUACUAGCUACGCCCACGCUGCCCCAGCUGUCGCUACCUACUCCCACGCCGCUCCAGUUGUUGCUGCCCACGCCACCAAGACCUUGACCUACUCGCCAGCCGUCGAAGUUGCACAUGUUUCGUACGAUGGAACUCAUGCCCACUAUGGCUGGUAAGACGUUCCAGGUCUUCCAGGAAUCCGGAUCCAAUGAUCAGUCGUGUUGUGUCUAUGUUUUAUUAAAAUUCUCUGUCGUUGUUCUGUUUUGACAGCAUACCCCAAUUGUGAUCGUGGGGGGUGUGUUUUAAUAAAAUAGAGACAAUCA